AUGGGGCAAAAAACGCUCGCCGGGUUCGUCACGGGCGCCGCCGUGCCCGAGCACGCGUCACCGGAGACGAAAUCGCACGACGAGAACGAUGAAACGACGCGAGGCGUUCAAAAUGUUCAAAAGGAGAAUCAAACGAAAUCACCCGUGAAACCGUCCGUGCGCGACGACGACGUGGACAAGGAGGACGAGGAGGCGCUGGUGAGACAUCGGAAGCGAUCGGCGAGCGCGCGGUCGAAGACGGUGAUGGAGGAGGAAGACACGGAUGAUGACGAUUCGGAAGAUGAUGAAGAGGCGGAGGACGAUGAGGACGACAUCGAGGACGUGGAGAUCGGUGAGGCGAACGUGGGGAAAAUGAAGCGAGUGGAAAAGGCGAAAAAGGCAAAGAAGGAGGAGGCGGCGACAGCUGGGGUCGGAGAUAAGUCGGUUGAGGCGGCGGAUCGAUAUCUAGAGUACGACGCCGAGUCAAAGGUUACGUGGAAGCGCGGAGAUCCGACGCCGUAUUUAUACCUCGCGAACGUGUUUGAGUCCAUAUCGGAGACGACGAAGCGGUUAGAGAUUGCGGAGUUGUUGACGAACGCGUUCCGAACGAUUUUGGCGAGCAGACCGGGGGAUUUGUUGGCGGCGGUGUAUCUGGCGUCGAACACGAUUCAUCCACAGCACAAAGGGAUCGAUUUGGGAAUCGGAGACGCGACGCUCAUCAAAGCCCUGGCCGAGGCCACGGGGCGCAAAGACGAGUCGAUCAAGAACGAUUAUAGGGACGCGGGCGAUCUCGGAAAGGUGGCCAUGGCGAGUCGAUCGACGCAGCGCAUGAUGUUUCCUCCUCCGCCAUUGACAGUGAGCGGCGUGCUUAAGGAGUUUCGUACCAUUGCCACCACAGAGGGAGAGAAGAGCGUCGAUAGAAAGAAGGCACUCAUCAAAAAGCUUCUCGUGUCCGCGCGUGAGUGCGAGGCGGGAUACGUCAUUCGCUCGCUUCAGGGCAAGCUGCGCAUCGGUCUUGCCCAACAGACGGUUACAAUGGCGCUCGCGCACGCCAUUGUGCUCCAUGGCGAAGCCGGUAAAACGAAAAAGGGUGCCGAUCUCGCCGAUGCGCUCGGUGCGGCGUUCGACACGCUCAAGCAAGUAUUCAGCGAGUGCCCGUCGUUCGACGAGAUCGUACCUGCGCUUCUCGAGGUGGGCGUCGAGGGACUACCCGAGCGAUGCAAAUUCACUCCAGGCGUUCCCGUGAAACCGAUGCUUGCCAAGCCCACCACGGGUGUAUUGGAGGUCUUAAAGCGUUUCGAAGACAUCGCGUUCACGUGUGAGUACAAGUACGACGGCGAACGCGCGCAGAUUCACCUGCAAGAGGAUGGUAAAGUGUCAAUCUUCUCGCGCAACCAAGAGGACAACACAGCCAAGUUUCCGGAUCUCAUCAGCGGGCUGCAGCGCUACAUCAAGCCGCACGUAAAAUCGGUCGUGAUCGAUUGCGAAGCCGUCGCGUACGAUCGAGAGCAGGACAAAAUCUUGCCCUUCCAGAUUUUGAGCACGCGCGGGAAAAAGAACAUCGUUGAGUCCGAGAUCAAGGUUCAAGUUGCGUUGUACGCGUUUGAUUGCCUGUACCUCAACGGCGAGCCGCUCCUGCGCGAACCGAUGAGCAAGCGCCGCGAGGCUCUGUACAGCGCGUUCGAAGAGGUCCCGGGUGAGUUCUUUUUCGUCACUGAGAAGACUUCUCGAGACGUGGAGGAGUUACAGGUCUUCCUGGACGAGUCCAUACAGGCAAACACCGAGGGGUUGAUUGUCAAGACGCUGGACGCCACGUACGAGCCGUCCAAGCGAUCUCUCAACUGGCUCAAACUCAAGAAGGAUUACAUGGAAGGAUGCGGGGACUCCUUGGAUCUGGUUCCAAUAGGCGCCUGGGUCGGACGCGGCAAGCGCACGGGCGUCUACGGCGCCUACUUGCUCGCAUGUUACGACGAAGAUGGAGAGGAGUACCAGUCCAUCUGCAAAAUAGGCACCGGUUUCUCCGAAGUCGUCCUCGAGGAGUUGGCGAAUGCGAUGAAUCCGCACGUCAUCGACGCCCCGCGUUCGUAUUACAAAGUGUCGGAUGCCAUGAAACCGGACGUGUGGUUCGAACCCAAGCAAGUGUGGGAGGUCAAGGCGGCGGAUUUAUCCAUCUCGCCCGUGCACCAAGCCGCGCGCGGUUUGGUUGAUCCGCAAAAGGGCAUCGCGCUUCGCUUCCCGCGCUUCUUACGUCGUCGAGAGGAUAAGGAGCCCGAAAUGGCGACAAAUGCCGAACAGGUGGCCGACUUUUACAACGCCCAGGCGAACAAGCAGGAGUUCGACGGCGUGGAAGAGGACUAA